AUGGGCAUGCCCCAAUGGGACAAAGUAGUUGUUGUCCUCUCAGUCGUUACGGCUGAAGUUCAUGAGGUCCAGAAUCAACUCUCCGUCAUGCAAGUGGCAAUUCAAGCCAAUGCUGAGGCCAUAGUUGCUUUAACAAGUAAGGCCGAUGAAGAAAACUCACACCUUUCCCCGCAGACAGAGGUCAUGAAGCAGAUAUUGGCUACUCUUCAACAACCAAUCCUGGCAGCUGAACCGUCGUUCACUGCUGAUGACCGUGAACAGCUACAUCAAGCACGUGAGGCCAAUGUCAUUAUUGCCCCUAAAGCUCGUGACGAUGAUCCUCCAGUCACCUCUGCAGCUGAAGCUGGUGAUCUGGAUGAUGAUGAUGAUGAUGAUGAUGAUGACGAUGAGUCCCCCGACUUUCCUAACGCUGGCAAGGACCUGGACGAUGAUGACGAUGAUGACGACGACUUCAUGAUUCAGUACCAGAGACCUUCCGGUGCCACGAAAGGUGUCGCCUUCAGGGAUUCCGCAUCCCAGGGUGAGCAAGGGGUGAAAGAGGCUGCUUAG